GAGUUGGGUGAGAGGAGAAUAUUGGGAAUUGGCUGAGGAGUUGGGUGAGGGGAGAAUAUCUCCUUCUGUGACCACUACUUUCCCUCCUCCGUAAACAUUCUCUGGAUCACUCUCUCCUACUUUUGCCUCCCAUAAACGAUCUCUCUCUCUAAAACAUUGGAAUUGGGCACAGCAGCAGCUGCCCCUGUAUGGCACCGCUGGCUCCUGCACUGGCGAGCAUAGGCGCGGGCACGCUUGAGGUGAUGGGCGCGCGCAGCUCCCUUCUCUCCUCUUUCCAAAGCCUCAGAAAACCCUACGGACCUUUUCCUCUCAUCUGCGCAAACAGGCACCUGGAGACCAUCUUUGCCGCCUUCUUCCGCUCGCUUCCCCAUAUUGUAUACAGGCGCGAGUGCCUCCGCACAAGCGACGGGGGCAGCAUUGCCCUCGACUGGCCCGCGGGCGACCGCGACAAGCUUCCAUUGGAUGCUCCACUCCUCAUCCUCUUGCCAGGUCUGACAGGAGGGAGUGAGGAUACUUAUGUAAGGCACAUGCUUUUACGGGCCAGGAAAAAAGGAUGGCGAGUUGUCGUAUUUAAUAGUCGUGGUUGUGCUGAUAGCCCAGUCACUUCACCUAAGUUUUACUCAGCUUCAUUUACAGAAGAUCUUCGUCAAGUGGUGGAGCAUGUUGGGACUUGCUAUCCAAAGUCUAAUAUAUAUGCGGUUGGCUGGUCUCUUGGGGCAAAUAUUCUUGUACGAUACUUGGGUCAGGAAGCUCAUUAUUGCCCUCUCUCUGGAGCAGUAUCCUUAUGUAAUCCUUUUAACUUGGUGAUGGCAGAUGAGGAUUUUCAUAAGGGGUUCAAUGUCAUAUAUGAUAAAGCCCUUGCAAAAGCACUUUGUAAAAUUUUAAAAAAGCAUGCUCUUCUAUUUGAAGAGAUUGGUGGGGAGUACACCAUCCCUUUGGCAGCUAAAGCAAAAUCUGUCCGGGAAUUUGAUGAAGGGUUAACACGUGUCUCCUUUGGUUAUAAGUCGGUAGAUGAUUACUAUUUUGAUGCUAGCAGUUCACGCUCUAUAGCACAUGUACACACAUCGUUGUUGUGCAUUCAGGCUGCAAAUGAUCCUAUUGCACCUUCUAAGGGCAUUCCUCGUCAAGAAAUCGAGGAAAAUCCUAACUGUUUAUUGAUAGUCACUCCAAAAGGGGGCCAUCUUGGCUGGGUUGCAGGAGAUGAAGCUCCAUUUGGAGCUCCGUGGACUGAUCCUGUGGUGAUGGAGUUUCUAGAGCAUCUUCAAAAGAGUAAAUCUGAGGGUUCCAUUCACAGCGGAAUGGAUGAGGUGCAGGAUACUGAAGCUUUGCACAGUGUUGGAGUUUAGGAAGCAGAAAGAUUUUUAUUCUUUUGAAAAUUUGAACCCUAAAAUGGACUGGGCAGUUUCUAUUGAUUAUUUAUUGUUUGUGGCAUGAGACAGAUGGUUGUUCAGCAGAAUGUAUGUAUAAAUGAUGCAUUUACGAGGAUCAAAUGAUUAUAAUUCUUCCAUGCAGAGUAGGAUUCA